AUGUCUCUCCUUGCCCUCCGUGUCGAGUUACCGUCAUAUUCUCAUUCAUUUCAGAUAUCUGUUCCAGUCGCCUCCACUGUGCUUGACGUCAAGCAGGCGAUUUUCGAGUCAUGUGCAGGCUCUCCCCGUGUUGAGGGACAGCGGAUCGUGUGGCGGGGUCGUUUCCUCGGCGAUGCAGAGAAGGUAGCAGAUAUCUGGAAGUCAGAGGACGAUGCACCAGUCGUACAUCUUGCUGUUCACCCAUCGGCAUGGACGACGGCUCCCCCGGAAGUAUCUCCGCCCUCUCCAACGCCAACACAACCUCGGCCGUCAUCGUCUGUGCCGGGAAUUCAAGGGGCUCAGGCGACCCGUACAUCCCCCGUUUCCAACACGCGCCACACUGUCGCUGAACCUGUCACAUACAUGAAUUGGGGCCCGAUACAGCCCCCACCGCCUUCCGUUCGUCCACUAGCAUUCAUCGCCUUCCGACACCAGAACGCCCUUCUCGCAUUGACGCAUCAACCUCUUCUUUCUUCAACUUCGCUGGACGAUCUCGAGAUAACGCGCCAAUUAGCUGAGAACACCAUCGCAAGGCGCGGUUGGUCCUGGCCAGAAAUUCUGAACGAAGAAUUCCCUGCUGCACAAGAUGAGAGUGCCGGUAUCAAGUACGAGAAGAUCACCAUCGACGGGCACGAAUAUCUGUCAUUGGUCGACGGCUCGGGCCCACCUACACCCCUUCAAACCCAUGCCCUCAAAGUCAUCUCAUUUACAUUCCCUCUACUCUCGAUACCAUCGCCCAUAGCGACAUCGUAUGGCACCCCCGUGCCGUCACAGACCUUCCCUCUGCGGCCGCCGCGUGGCUUCGAGGCGAUCAUAGGCCAAGACAUCGCCCGGGGGCGCCAGCGGUAUCUUGAGCAGCGUGGACAGCUCGAAAUUCCUGCCUUGCCCCUUCGCGACCUCAUGAUUCCCCUGUUCCUGCUCGUCCUCCGCACUGUCUUCCUCCUAUACUUCUUCUCGCCCAUCGAGAAGCCCGUGUUCGGCAUCCUCAUCGGCGCGUGGAUGUUUUAUGAGGCGUGGAACGCUAUUCGCGCAGCCAUCGUGGAAGCAGCGCACGGCGAUGGUGCUAACGCUGCUGCGCCCCGUGAGGGAGGCGCAGAAGAACCUGCGCACAAUGGGAAUGCGAACGUGGAUAACGCAAACAAUGGUAACGGAAACGGAAACGGAAACGCGCGAGCACCAGCGGCGCCCCAGGGGCCGCGGGCGGGAACACCCAGUGGGGCGCGACAGCGGAGCCAGGGCGACGCGGUCAUCGAAUCUGUGGCAAGUCUGAAUCUACGAGCGGAGAACGACGCGCUGGAAGGACGUCCCUCCCAGCGGGCAGCGCCGACGGCAGGUCAUCGCUUGAAGACAUUCGUUCAGCUGCUUGUGCUGACCGUGCACCCGGCCGUGUGGGACCGGAGGCGCGUCGCGAUGCGGCAGCGGGAGGGGCGUGUGCGGGCCGAGGCGAAUGCACGUGAGCCACCGAGGGAAGAACAGGUUGUGACCGAGGACGCCGACAGUGGGGAAGGGGUUUCGCGGGCCGCUGAACGGGAGAGGGUCGAGAGGGCAAGGUCAGAGAUGGUUGCGGUGCAUGAGCGGAGGCCCGGGUGGGUGAAAGAGUAUAUUGAAAGAGUCCGAAGGGUAGAAUGGGUGGACGAUACAUGA